UUCACUCGUCAUUGGACAAAGGAGCGGGAGGAGGUUUGAACGGAGGGGCGGCGGAGAGGCCGGGGACGGUGCAGCUCCCCGCUUCUGCAGUGUGCGCUCCAGCUUGUGGGCCGCGCCAUGGAGGCGGACAUCCUGGACACGCUCGAUGCCCUGGGGUACAAUGGACCUUUGUUGGAAGAAGAAGCGCUUUUGAAAGCAGUUGAGACUGGACCAUAUUCUUCAGAAUUUACUGAACUGUGUGUGUGGUUAUCUUCACAGAUUAAAAUGUUAUGUAAUUUGGAAGAAAGUAUAAAUAAUAUUACUAGUGCAGAUGAUGUUGAAAGUUUUCUGCUGGAGAUUAAUGGUUUCCUAAAAGAAAUGUCUUGCCCCUAUCCAACACUUCUGUCAGGAGAUUUUAAAGAGAGACUAAAAAAGAAAGAAGACUGCUUAAAACUACUAUUAUAUCUGUCGUCUGAGCUUCAAACUGCUAGGAUCCUACAGUGUAAAUCUCCUCCAGUGUCUAAAGCUGAAGGCAACAAAGAUAUUUCUCGGGAAAUUAAAUCUAUCUUUGCAGCACUGGGUUUGCCCUGUCCUGCAUCCGGUGUUGCUGAUGAACAGUUAUUUAAACCUGUAGAGGAAAAGGUGAAAAGUAUUAUUUCCAAAACUCCCAAAAGUCAUAUGAGUCAACCUUUGCUGAAGCUGACACUAACUCCUGAACAAUGGGAGAACCUUGUGGCAAUAAAUAAAGCUCUCACCAGUGAGUAUGAGUGCCGCAGAAGAAUGUUGAUCAAACGUCUAGAUGUGACUGUCCAAUCAUUUGGCUGGUCUGACAAAGCCAAGGCAAAUACAGACAAAAUGGCAAAAGUCUAUCAACCAAAAAGGCAGUCAUUAUCCUUGAUGUCAACUGUAACCCUGGCACACCUUCUGGCUGCACGUGAGGACUUGUCCAAAAUCAUGAAGACCAGCAGUGGUUCCUUAAGGGAAGGAACGUCCUGUGCCAUUAACAAGGUUCUGAUGGGGAGAGUGCCUGACCGAGGAGGUAGACCAUCUGAGAUAGAAGCACCACCACCAGAGAUGCCACCGUGGCAGAAGAGACAAGAUGGAGGGAGAGGAGGAUUCGGUGGUGGAGGUGGUGGUCGUGGUGGAGCUGGUUGGGGUGGUGGCCAACGAGGUGGUGGAGGAAGGGGUGCCCAAGGUGGAGGAGGUGGUUCUUGGGGAGGUGGAGGAGGUGGUUCCUGGGGAGGUGGGCAAGGAGGUGGAGGCUGGGGAGGUGGCCAAGGAAGUGGAGGUGGUUGGGGUAGGGGAGGCGGCCAGGGAGGUGGAGGAGGAGGGUAUGGGGGGAGAGGAGGGUAUGGGGGGAGAGGAGGGUAUGGGGGGAGAGGUGGCUAUGGAGAUACGGGAAACUACGGUGGACGAGGAGGUUAUGGACGAUACUGAAUGGAUGGCGGACAUGACAAUCUGUUCCGAAUACCUGCAUAAACUGUUGACUCUUUGAGUUGCACUCCUUAGAGUCAGUGCAACAGUGAAGAUUGUACCCUGCAGCUAGAAAGAUUUUAUCGACCCAAGUUCAGAAAAUUGCAGCUUUCUGUUAUCCUCAAGGAUACAUGAAUGGUAAAGGAUUUUUUUUAAAUAAACAGUUUAUGCGUACAUGGUACGUAUUGUUUACUACCGAAAACAAGAAUAUGUUUUUUACAUUCAUUGAAAAUGUUCAUUGUAAGAAUGUCCUUUUUUUUGUAUGAGAAUGUGAUUGUUAAAGUUAUUUUACUGUGCAACUGCUAGAAGGCUAUGAAGAGCUGUGACCAGUUGAGAUUUUUUUUUAAAUUACUAUAAAGAUUUUGGACGUAGUAAUUAAAAAUGAACUAAUUAAUAAAUUGAAUUCUGUAGAA